CAAUAAAAAAAAGCACAUUUGUAUGGAAGCAUAAUGCAUGUACUUGAGAAAAAGAAAAGGCCGCGUUUUUCGCCUCGUUAAUUCAGAAAAAAACUUUCAUUAUACUUCUUGGGAGCCCGAUUUCAUUGACGCAAACAUGUCUGUUUAACGUUCAGUUUAAUCCGUCUGUAUUUCGGUUUGGGUCGAGACAUUGAUAGAUGGCCCACUCAUGCCUUUAAGUAGCCUCAUAUAGACAGUAAUGUCAUUAGUUUAUUCGACUUUGAGCAGGCACUUCAAAACUUGCAGUUGUUCAGACGGAAAGCCCAUUCUGAUCUUUUGGAGAUCCUGUUUCUCCAGGAUACGUUGGUCUGAUGUGGCACUGGCAGUGACGCGAUGUGAGGAAAAGGCAUAACGUAGCUUGAUGUUCCAAAACAUUACAUAAAACCUAAACACUUCCACCUGUCAAAUAAUUUCAUUAUGGACGAUAUGUUAUUAAGCGUUGUUCAUUGAGGGGCAUUAAAAAGGCUUAACGUAACUAAAUGUUCCAGAACAGCGAUCAACAAAAUGUGUCGAUUUCCAUUCACUUCAGAAAUGUUGGGUGUGAAUUUCUUGUACAUUAAGAGCGUACCGAGGAAAUAACCACGAGCACUGAAGUACAUUGAAGACCUGAAAUGAACUAAUUUGAAACCAUUGCAGUGAUUCCAAUUCAGAUGAUAUGCGCCGUGACAUGGAUGGGGACAGAGAGCGCACGACUGACGUGAGCAAAUCAAAAUCCAAAUGAUGUGAAUUGACUGAGGUCAUUAUGGGAUAUAAUAAAACCGUUUCCCAAACUGGGGUACGAGAGGGGGACAAAAUGUGAUUUGCAUUUUCAAAGUGAAACAGCCCAAUACAUUUUCAAACUGACCUAUAAAUAGACAUGACAUCUUAAGUGUACAUCUUCUUCACAACAGCACUAAAAUGGACAGGAAUGUUUCGUCUAAACUAGAUACUAAGAUACUCCUCAGAACGCAUCCCUAACGUUUCAAACAGAUCCAUGAUAUUAAAUUAUGUGAAUUAGAAGCACAACACGCACCACCUGGAGCUUUUAAGUUCUAUUUCCGUGAAGAACUAUUUUGUCUUAGCAGAAAUCACGAAAUGGUAACAAAAUGUGUUGUGUAAUGACACAACUUGUGACAGGGUAUGGUAGGGUCCUAGGGGUGUGUUUGUUUGCCUCAUGUCUCUCCUUCUCCAGUUCCUCCCCAUGUCAUACCAGAUAUAUAACCACGUACUACAGAUUCAACGCUUCACUUAAUUUGGUAAUCCGUGUCGACAUGUCUCUGAAGAUCGCACUCAUCACACUUGUCCUGGCCAGCAUGCUGUCCUCUGCAGAUUUCCUGAAGUGUUACAACUGUGCUGGGGAACAAUGCACUGAUAAUCCAUUGACCUGCCUUCCAGGGUUGGAUCGCUGUAUGAAAACGGACACUCCUUUGGGAACCGUAAAGGCAUGUGGCGCUCAAGCUGCAUGCAAUGUUGCACAACAACUGAAAGUAGACUGCUGUGAGGGCGAUCUGUGUAACGGCCCUGGGACCCUUGAGAAGAUCCUCCAACACCUCUGGCCCGUGAAGAGUGGCGCUGGGACCAUUGGGAAGAACCUCCUGCUCCUGCUGGUGCCGGUGGCCUCCAUCUUUGUGCUCUCCUGAGCUGAGAGCUCCACCCUCCUCCUCCUCCAUCCUCCUCCUCCUCCACCUCUGGCCCCAGUUCAGUGCUGUGCUCUCCUGAGCUGAGAGCUCCUUCCUCCACCCUCCUCCUCCUCCCUCCUCCACCCUCCUCCUCCUCCACCAUCCUCCUCCUCCUCCUCCUCCUCCUCUGGCCCCAGUUCAGUGCUGUAAUCUCCUGAGCUGAGAGCUCCACCCUCCUCCUCCUCCAUCGUUGUGCUCUCCUGAGCUGAGAGCCCAGCACUUACAGUGGGGAAAAUAAGUAUUUGAACCCCUGCCGAUUUCGCAAGUUUGGCCACUUG